AUGAUCCCCAGCCCAGCCCCCAGGGCCUCUAAGACAUGGGAGGGAAGCAAACUGCCCUCCAUCAGCCUGAUCCUGCUCUGCUUCCUCCCAGGGGUCCUGCCCAUACCCUCCCUCAGGGCUGAGCCAGGCCCUGUGGUCCCCCGGGGACGGCCUGUGACCCUCGUGUGCUGGGGCCCAGCUUGGGCUGAGUUCUUCCGCCUGGAGAAGGAUGGAAGACUUGUAUAUGAGAAUCAGAAAAAAGUGUCUCAAGAUGGUUUGCCAGUGACAGAGACCAGAUUCCACAUCCCCGCGGUGAGUGAAGACACUGCUGGGAAUUAUACCUGCCUCUAUGAACAUGCGUAUGGCUGGUCUGAGCGCAGUGAGCGCCUGCAGUUGCAGGUGACAGAAGAGGACUCCACUCCACCCUCAGGCCCCACCUCCCGGGAUUACACGGUGGAGAACAGCAUCCGCAUGGGCCUGGCGGGCUUGGUCUUGCUGAUCCUGGUGGCGAUUCUGGUGGAAGCUGGGCUCAGCCAGCACAGGACCCCACAGGGACCAUAGGCAUAAACACAAGGGAACCCCCAGAGAGAGGGGACCCUAGGCCCCAGCAGGGACCUCACCGAGGGCCCAAGGCUCACCCUGGAGCCAAGAUGUCCAGAGCCGCCCCUACUGUUAUUCAACGACAAGAGGACCCAGGCCCACGUGGGUUAGGAUGCUUGACCUCAACCUUCACCUUCCCAGGACCAUUGAGAGGAGUCAUCUUGAUUGACAGGCAGGCAGACAGGCCAGGGUCCCGGGGAAAGAAAGGCAGGCGGAGGAAGGGCAGAUACGACCAUGUUAUCCAGCCUGACCACGGAAGCCAACCACGCAGA